CCAUGCACCGAUGGCGUGGGGAUAUCGACGGCGACUCCAACUCCAAUGAUUAUACAGAAAAGCUCACCGCCGGCGCCCUCCACCGGCGGCGGCGGCCGCCACAGUUCGUGUUAUUAUUAUUAUUAUAUUGUUGGCAGCAGGUGUAGUCAAUAUUUAUUUACUUAACGCGGAAGUUCUCCGGUCAAACUUCUCCAUUAUAAUCAAAUUAAUGCUCCUCCUUUUUGCAGAUCCCGGGGACAUUAUCUGCCCCACCGCGCACUUCCUCGUCUUUUUCUGAGCAAUCACCUGAUCAAUUCGGUGAUUCAUUGAAGAUUUCGACUAAAUCUGAGGGAAGAUACUUCACGCAGAAGGUGCCAAAGGAACUCUCUGUUCAUCCCCAAAUUUGAAAAUCCCUAAAUAUUUCUAGAAUCUCCCACCGUAAGCUAAAUUGGAAGCCUCGGACUCCUUUUUCCAAUCGUCAUUAUAAACAAUCUCCACAUUUGAUACGUGGAUUUCGAUGAUUUUUUAAGGUAGAAAUUUGGAAAAACAAAAUUGUUGAUGAAAAUGGCGCCAUCGAAAUCCCUAAUUUAUUACCUGUUCAUUCUGGUAAUUGUUUUUCCGGCGCUCAUUUCCGCCUCAGAUUACACAAAUCUGGUUUUCAAAGGCUGCGCGGAUAGGAACUUCCCCGAUUCCAAUGGCGGCUACCAGGAAACACUCAAAACACUCCUCAACACCCUCACCUCACAAUCCUCCGCCGCGAAGUUCUCCAAAACAACCUCCGGCGACGGCGCAUCCGCCAUAAACGGACUCUUCCAAUGCCGCGGCGAUCUCUCGGGAGACGACUGCAACAAGUGCGUGAAACGCGCGGCAUUCAUGGCGCACCUCCUCUGCCGGCAAGCCAUGGCGGUGCGAGUCCACCUCACCGGCUGUUAUCUCAGGUACGAAAUCGCCGGAUUCCGGCAGACGAGUGGGAGCGAGUUUCUGUACAAGGUGUGCGGCUCGACCCGGGCGAGUGGGUCCGGGUUUGGGGACAGGCUGUCGACAGCUUUGGGGGAGGUAGUUAAGGGCGUGGGGAGUGGUGGGAACGGUGGAUUCUACGCCGGUGGUUAUCAGUCGGUGUAUGUGUUGGGUCAGUGCGAAGGGGAUUUGGGGAAUGGUGACUGCGUGGACUGUGUGAAAACCGCCGUUGAUAGAGCUCAGUCUGACUGUGCGAGCUCCAUUUCCGCUCAGAUUUAUCUUCAGCAAUGCUACAUCAGCUACACGUACUACCCCAAUGGAGUUCCCAGGAACCAGAAAACAGUUUCAUCAUCAGGGGAUGGGAAGGGCACACAGAAGACAGUGGCUAUAGUGCUGGGAGGGGUGGUAGGGGUAGGGCUAUUAAUGGCAUGUUUGCUUUUUACAAAAUCAGUUUUCAAGAAAAAGACACAACAUACAUUCAAGUAUGGUGGAUAGAGGAGAUGUCAGGUCAGAUCAGGUCAGGAAGCUCUUGAUCUUGGCAGGGAAACUCUCCAGGUAAAUUCAUCUAUGUAGAAAUCUAGCUUUGGUUCAAUUGUUACAUUAUAUAUAUACACAUGUAUAUAUUAUUGGAAGCUGUAAAGAGGGUAGGAAUUUCAUUUGCUUUUUACACUUUGUUUAUUAUUAGUCACUUUAUAUAUAUAUAUAUAUAUAUUUUUUUUUUUUUUCUGUUUCCUUCAUCUGCAAGUUUUGGGUUUUUAUAUAUUAGAAAAUGUGGGUAAAUUGCACAUUUUAAAUUUAUGUAUGUUGGUGAUUAUACGAAUGUGUAUCCAUUAAUAAAUCAUUAAUCAUUCAUUGUGCAUUUGCUUUGCUUUAUAUCAAAGUAGCACACUUCACUUUGCACACAAUAUUUGAAAAAAGCCAAAUUCUUUGUAUGUUGUCUCUUUAUGUUGGAAAAAAAUAUAAUAAAAAAGAGUUCAAAAAGAUU